AUGUCAGAGAAGGCUGGUAGCAAGCAGGAACAACUCGAUGGGGUUUUCUCCAAAGGCGGUAUCAACAUAGCUCUUCAGAAGGACAGGGAGAAAUGUGAAGCUGAGGAUCUGAGUAACAUGUGGUAUCAUGGCAAGAUGUCCCGUAGCAGCGCUGAAAAAAUUUUGAAUGAGGCAAUGAGGUUACAUCCAGAUACAAACUGUGAUGGGAUGUUUCUGGUUCGUGACAGUACAGCCUCUGAGGUUAAUUUCUCACUGUCAUUUAUCUUUGAGCGGCGCAACUACCACUUCUACAUUCAGCGAACAAAAGAGUGCUACUACUGUAUAGAUGGUGGACCAAUUGUUCAUGGACUGGACAUGUUAAUACAGCAUUACAUCCAAGAAGCAGACAGACUUCCUACAGCUCUAACUAAGAUUUGUAAAGGCCGUCUUCCACCACCCAAAGUCCGUAAAUAUGGACCUACAAACCUCUUACACAGAGCAGUUAAAGAAGGUAAAACAGAAUUGGUGAAACAGAUCUUAAACCAUCCUCUGUGUCCUGAUGUCAAUGCCAAAAAUGACACAGGAUCCACUGCACUCCAUGACGCAGCUGAGAUGGGUUUGGAUGAGAUUGUGUCUCUGCUGCUGUUCCACAACGCCGACUUGAACAUCAAAGAUGUGGAGGGUAAUACACCAAUGUGGAAAGCCUGUGUGAACAACAAAACUACAACAACUGUUUUGCUGAUAAUGAAUGAUAACACCAAUGUACAAGAAAGAAAUCCCGUCAAUGGAUACACACCACUGCAUGCUGCAGCCAUGCAUGGCCAUAGAGAAUGUGCUCAGAUCCUGUUGAAUGCUGGUGCAGCCAUCUAUUCCCGUGGGACAAAUGAGGAUACUCCAGUGGAACUGGCUGAAACCUACAGGCGUUAUGACUGUGUAGACUUAUUUGCAAGUUACAAGGAGCCUGCACCAGCGACAAGCAAAUCUGACUGGUUUCAUCCAGAGUUGGAUCGACAGGGUGCAGAGGAUAUGCUCAGAAAUCACAAAUCAAGAAACGGCUUGUUUCUUAUUCGCCCAAACAAAUAUGGGCAACCUGUUCUCAGUUUAUUCAAAGACAUUGGCGUCUAUCACUAUGAAAUUAAGACAAAGGAGUACAGAAAACAGCAAGUUUACUAUAUCGAUGAUGGUCCCCUUCAUCGUUCUCUUGAAUUAUUGGUCCAGUAUUACAGUACUUUUGAAGAUGGCUUGGGAGUUCCCCUCCAGGCAUCU